UGGAGCUAAACUCUGCAGGAAGUGGAACUCAAGAGCCAGAGUUGAGAAUCUUGGUCUAAUGCCUGUGGUUUUAGGUAUAACAUUGUCUUGUUUGGAGGGGUGGACGUCUUUUCGCGAAAGGUAAUUUUGUUUUUCUUCUUUUGUACAGUGUAAAGUAACAUUGGAAAUAUGUACAGGGUACCAUAUAAACAGAACUAACAACACUUUCUAUUUUUACAGAUAAUGUACCUUGGUGCUGCCAAAAACAAUACAGCAUUAAUUGCACUGACCUUCUUCCAAGAGUCUGUGGAAAGAUAUGGAUUUCCUCUCAGGUGUGUCUGGUGGAGAUGAAACCGUGUCAAUGUCAGUGAUGGAAGGGGAUUCUGUCACUCUACACAUGGACCUUACUCAAACACAAAACGAUGAUACAAUACUGUGGAUGUUUGGACCUAAAGACUCUAUCGUAUCUCAAAUAACGAGAAAGAACGAUUUGACCUCAUUAUUUUUAACCGAUGAUGAACGAUUCAUUGGCAGACUGCAAGUGGAUCAAAACACUGGCUCUCUGACUAUUAGAAAUACAAGGAUCACACACACUGGACAAUAUAAACUAACUGUCUCUAGAAAAAAGACUACAAUCAAGAUAUUUAGUGUUACUGUCUUUGGCGUUGUUAAUGAGACGGAUGGAGUGAAGUCAGUGUCAGUGAUGGAGGGAGAUCCUGUCACUCUACAAACUGAUGCUGAAAUACACUCAGAUGAUCUGAUUGUGUGGAGGUUUGGAGAUAAAGGCAUCCUCCUGGCUAAACUAUAUGUAGGGACUAAUGAGAGCUCAUUAAAUGAUGCUGAUGAGAGAUUCAAAGAUCGACUGCAGCUGAAUCAGACUGGAUCUCUGACCAUCACAAACACCAGAACUGAACACGCUGGACUUUAUGAAGUACAGAUCAGAGGCAGUGAGAGCUCACAGCGAUUCCUUCUUUCUGUCACGGCGGCUGCCGUUCUGGGACUGUCUCCUGGUGCUACAGCAGGGAUAACUGUUAUCGUUCUGCUGGCGGUUGCAGUUUUGAUUUACUGUCAGUGCAAAAACUCUAAACUAGAAAAACAAGUGUGUGAAAAUCAGUCAGUGAAAGAAGGAGAAUCUGUCACUCUACUCACUGGUCUUACUGAAAUACAUAAAGAUGAAAAGAUACAAUGGUGGUACGAAGAUAAAAACAAUCUCAUUGCCAUCCAUGAAAUUAAUGGAGUGAAUAGUAAGAGAGCAUAUCCUGGUGUUGAUGGGAGAUUCAGGAGCAAACUCGGCCUAGAUGAUUUGGGAAAUCUCACCAUCAGUAACGUCAGAACCAUUCACACUGGACUCUAUAACCUCAAGAUCAGCAGCAGAGGAAGAAUAACCAAAUACAAGCGAUUCAUUCUGACUGUUGGUGUGAGGACGCACAAAGUGCAAGAGGGAGAACCUGUCCCUCUACGCAAUAAUGCUGAAAUACAGACCGGUGAUCUAAUACUGUGGACGUUUGGAGCUGAAAACCGUCUCGUUGCUAUAAAGGAUUCAAGAACAACUGAGAUUUUUAGUGACAGACUGGAGCUGGAUGAUAAGACUGGAUCUCUGACCAUCAAAGAUAUCAGAACCACAGACUCUGGACAUUUUAAACUCCAGAUCAUCAACAGCCAAAAGACCACAUUCAGGAGAUUCAAUAUUGAUGUCACAGAUGUUGUUUCCACAGAAAAACAAGAGAAAGGGGAAAAAGGAGCAGCAGGAGACGAGUUCAAUUUAAUGAGGCGAGAGACGCCCAGCAGUGUGAAUCAUGGAGAACAUCUGAGCCAAUCAUUUCUGUCCUCUAGUGGACAAAAACUGAUCUAAGAAUCAAAUCUGAGAUCUUAAAGAAUUGACGGUAGAACCUCUGAGUCCUAAAUGUUUAGCUUAUGAAAGGUCAAAUGUUUAGCCUAUGGAAGGUCAAAGGAGUUUGAGGUUUACUAUUUCAACAAUGACUUCUAAUAAUAUUCUUAACCUACUUAUAACCAUUUAGCACGAGAUGUUGUUUCAGUGUUGUUUCGAACAGUAAUCAGUGGAAGAGUGCUGUUUUGC